GCCCGACAGUCUUCAAAUGCUGCAAAUAUAUUCUCUGACUCACGCCGAGUGCGAGGAAGAGAUGCAGAGGGCUCAAGACGAGCUUGGUUACGCCGGUCCGGCCGUGGCUGAGAACGUCGAGAUCUGUACGACGCACCCGCUUGGCGAAGGCCAAGGAAUGUGCAAUGGUGACUCAGGCAGCGCUGUAUGGUUGGACAAGAAAAUCAUAAACAAGUGUACGAAGGGAGAGAAGUGUGUGGAUGGUAAUUGUGAAAAGUGUGAGCAGCGAGAAAAGUGCGAGGAGGAAAAGUGCGAAGGAGUUAAGAGGGUGGUGGUGGGUGCGGUGUCCUGGGGGUUCCCGUGCGCGCGUGGCUACCCCGACGCUCACGCCAGGAUUAGCGGGUUCAAGGAGUUCUUGGGACCCAUUCUGGGGUUGUCUGAGAGUGAAUACGACGAAUAGAACUG